AUGGGGUUGUGUAAAUGUCCUAAAAGAAAAGUGACAAAUCAAUUUUGUUUUGAGCACAGAGUCAACGUUUGCGAGCACUGUAUGGUGACAAAUCACCCUAAGUGCGUAGUACAGUCUUAUCUUCAAUGGCUACAAGACAGUGAUUGUAAUCCAAUUUGUACUUUGUGUUCUAACGAACUGAAAAGCGGUGAUUGCGUGAGAUUAGUUUGUUAUCAUGUUUAUCAUUGGCCUUGCUUGGAUCAACAUGCCAGAAGUUUACCUUCAACGACAGCACCAGCUGGUUACGUAUGUCCGACUUGUAAUUAUGCCAUAUUUCCAGCGCCUAAUUUAGUUUCACCGGUUGCCGAUGUACUGAAAGAAAAAUUGGCUAGUGUCAAUUGGGCCAGAGCUGGACUUGGUUUGCCUUUGCUAAGCAAUGACAGAGAAACUUCAAUACCAGAAUCAAAAGUGCCGUCAAUUGAAACAACAGUCUAUCAAAAUCACGCAUCACCACCGAUACCUUCAGUCGCAACAGCACGUACUAGCAGUAAUGUUAAUUCAAUAAGCACGCAUAUAAACAACGUUCACAGUAUAAAUAAUAACAGUAAUAAUCAUCAGUCGCAAGGACCACCUUACUCAGUAGUAAACAUGGAGUCAACGAGCCAGCUAGAUCGUAAAAUAUUUGAAACACGUGAUGAUUCCAAAAACAUGAGUUUUGAUCACGAUGAAAACAAGUACGAGCGCCGAUCUCCGAUCAAGCGGUUGCUCCACAUAUGGAAGCUCUUGAAGCUUUCAAAAUUAUCGGAAACUCGUCGACGGGGAUCCAAGCCCGAAUCCGUGUACCGAAGAUAUUUAAUUUUAGCAGUAAUUGGAAUAGUCUGUUUUCUUUUUAUUAUCAUGAUAUUCUCCUGGUUAGGUCGCAUGGCUACCGAUGGAGAUCCGUCGUUUGAGCUUAAGAACAAUCCGAAUCUUAAUUUACACCAAGAGCCGGCAAUAUAA